AUGUCUGUGUCAUUAAAUGAUGUAAGUACCAUAUUAGGAAUUCCUGUGACUGGUACAUCUGUUUCAACUAAUAAGUUAUCACGGGAUGAAGCUGCAAAAGUGUUGGUUAAGUCAUUAGGAGUGUUAGAAGAUGAUGCAGUUGUUGAGUUGAAGGGAGCGCGGGGCCAAUCAGUGCGAUUGGAGUGGUUACAUGAAAAAUUUAAGUCAGUUUCAAAUAUGGAUUCGGAUGAUUUCAUUCAUUAUGCAACGAGGGCAUAUUUAUUAUUCUUGCUAGGUUGCACCUUGUUCGUUGACAAGACUAUAAAUCGUGCCCCUGUUGUGUAUCUCCAGCUGCUCGAGGAUUUGGAUUUAGUUCAUUCGUAUGCUUGGGGUGCAGUUAUAUUAGCUUUUUUUUAUCGACGAUUGGGUAUGGCAACAAAGUCUACUGUCAGACAAAAAACAGGAUACAUGACACUAUUGGAGGCUUGGAUCUACGAACAUUUUAUAUGUGCUAGAACCCAUCCAAAUUUAAAUUAUGCAGAAAAUCAGCCUCGGGCUUAUUGUUGGAUUCCUCACACACAAUCUGGUUCAUCGGUUGCCGUGUUAAAGUCAUUGCGAGAGGAGCUUGAUAGAUUGGAGGCUCAUAAGGUAAAAAAGUAA